UGAAGUGCUUCCUCCUCAAAACACUGGCAUGGUGGAAUUAUUGAGUGACUCGAGUGUUACAGUGACAGCUUUUUAAAACAGCUAUGCCGGGCCCAUACAAAGAAACAGACCUAACCGAGAGGGUCGAGGCGUUCCUGUCCGACCUGAAGCGCGGGGGGACCGGGGCGGGACCUCUCCGGGGCUCUGCGGAGACAGCCCGAGAAACGACAGCCCUGCUCCGCAAAAUUACAGCCCAGGCUCGGUGGGGCAGUGCAGGUGAUCUGAUGGAAAUAAUCCGCAAAGAAGGGAGGAGGAUGACAGCAGCCCAGCCCUCAGAGACCACAGUGGGUAACAUGAUCAGACGGGUGCUGAAGAUCAUCAGAGAGGAAUAUGCCAGAUCUCGGGGCAGCAGUGAAGAAGCAGACCAGGAAUCCCUCCACAAGUUGCUGACCUCUGGGGGACUCAGCGAGGAGAACUUCAGGCAACCUUUUGCUCUCCUCAGAACCAACGUCAUCGAGGCCAUCAAUGAGCUACUCACUGAACUGGAGGGAACGACCGACAACAUCGCCAUGCAGGCCCUGGAGCACAUCCACUCUAAUGAGGUCAUCAUGACAAUCGGCCGCUCGCGCACCGUGGAGGCUUUCCUCAAAGAUGCUGCACGCAAACGCAAGUUUCACGUCAUUGUGGCAGAGUGUGCUCCUUUCUGCCAGGGGCACGAAAUGGCUACAAACCUCUCAAAGGCUGGCAUCGAAACAACUGUGAUCACAGAUGCUGCCAUAUUUGCAGUCAUGUCUCGAGUUAAUAAGGUCAUCAUUGGUACACAGACAGUUCUAGCAAAUGGAGGCCUGAGGGCCAUCAAUGGGACACACACACUGGCCCUUGCAGCUAAGCAUCACUCCACACCUCUGAUUGUUUGUGCUCCCAUGUUCAAGCUCUCACCUCAGUUUCCAAAUGAAGAGGAUACCUUCCAUAAGUUUGUCUCCCCACAUGAGGUGCUCCCGUUCACUGAAGGUGAGAUUCUCUCAAAGGUGAAUGUGCACUGUCCUGUGUUUGACUAUGUCCCGCCCGAGCUCAUCACACUGUUCAUCUCCAACAUCGGAGGACACGCACCGUCAUAUAUCUACAGACUGAUGAGUGAACUUUACCACCCAGAGGACCAUGAACUUUAAUCGGUGUAUUUAACAAAUAAAUAGAAAUGAAUGAUUUUGCAGUGUAGUUUGUGUCUCCUU